GAGGGAGGGAAAAAAAAAGGAGAAAACUGUAAGUGCGUAAAAAAGUUCUCGCCGUGGUGACGGAUGCUCAAAAGUUCAGGAGUUUUUCCGAUGCUUCCCAAAGCAGCCUGCGACUGAAAAAGAGACUGAAAAAAAGCGAGAGGGAGAGAGAGAGGGAGACUUUGCACUGGGAGAUCGGGAAGGUGGAUUUUUUUCUUCUUCAGCUCGCUUAAAAAAAGCCAACAAAACACAUCCCUCUACUUUUGUCCCUCCUUUGCAGACAACUUGUUGCAGAUCCCCGUGGAACAAGGAACUGGGAGCGUGGGAGCCUCUUUGCAAAGGUUUUAUUUUCUUAAUACUCUUUCUGCGUUUGGAAGUUGCUUUCUCCGCUGCGAUUACUUUUCCCCCCCCCCCUCCCGCGUUUUCUUUUUAAAAACAUUUUUCACCCCCCUCCAUUUUUUUCCCUUUUUUGAUUUCUUUUUUUCCCCUCCGCGUGGAGUGCGGGAGCUUGCCGGUGGGCUCUCCUGGGCGAAGAAGAGGAGACUUUCGGCGCUGCCGUCGUUAUUCUUCCUCCCUUUUUCCGCGCUCCGCCGGGGGGGUGGGGGGGUGGGGGUUGCCCGGCCGCCCGGUCCAGCUCGGUCCGCGGAGCGGCGGAGGGGUGGAGGGGGAAGGGACGCGCUGUUUGGUCCGGCGGGGAGGGUGGGGGAAAGCUGACGGGAGGACAUGCAGGCUCGCUACUCCGUGUCCAGUCCCAACUCCCUGGGAGUGGUGCCGUACCUCGGCGGAGAGCAGAGCUACUACCGCGCCGCCGCGGCGGCGGCCGGCGGGGGCUACACGGCCAUGCCGGCCCCGAUGAGCAUGUACUCCCACCCGGCCCACGAGCAGUACCCGGCCGGCAUGGCCCGCGCCUACGGGCCCUACACGCCGCCGCCGCAGCCCAAGGAUAUGGUGAAGCCGCCCUACAGCUACAUCGCCCUCAUCACCAUGGCCAUCCAGAACGCGCCCGAUAAGAAGAUCACCUUGAACGGGAUCUACCAGUUCAUCAUGGAGCGGUUCCCUUUCUACCGGGACAACAAGCAGGGCUGGCAGAACAGCAUCCGCCACAACCUCUCCCUCAACGAGUGCUUCGUCAAGGUGCCCCGCGACGACAAGAAGCCCGGCAAGGGCAGCUACUGGACCCUCGACCCCGACUCCUACAACAUGUUCGAGAACGGCAGCUUCCUCCGCCGCCGCCGCCGCUUCAAGAAGAAGGACGCCGUCAAGGACAAGGAGGAGAAGGACCGCCUGCACCUCAAGGACCAUGCCCCGCCGCGCCCGCCGCCGCCCGCCGCCGCCGAGCCCGAGGGCGGCCCCGCCGGGGGCAGUGCCGCGCCGCCGCCGCCGCCCGUCCGCAUCCAGGACAUCAAGACGGAGAACGGCACGGCCUCGCCGCCGCAGGCCGUGUCCCCCCCCGGCGCCGCGCCGCCGCUCGGCGCCGUGCCCAAGAUCGAGAGCCCCGACAGCAGCAGCAGCCUCUCCAGCGGCGGCAGCCCCCGCAGCACCCUCCCCUCCAGCCGCUCCCUCAGCCUGGAGGCCCCCGAGCCGCCGCCGCCGCCCCCGCCGCCGCCCCCGCCCCCGCCCCACCACCACGGCCCGGGCUUCAGCGUGGACAACAUCAUGACCUCGCUGCGGGGCUCGCCGCAAGCCGCCGCCGAGCUGGGCGCCGGCCUCCUGGCCCCCGCCGCCGCCGCCCCGCGCACCGGCAUCCCGCCCGCCCUCUCCCUCGGCGGCUACUCGCCGGGCCACAGCUCCGUCUACGGCUCGCCCUGCGGCCAGGCGGCCGCCGGCGCCGCCGCCGGCACCUACCACUGCAACAUGCAGGCCAUGAGCCUCUACGCGGCGGCGGGCGGCGCCGACCGACCCGGCCACCUGCCCGCCACCGCCGCCAGCCCCGCCGAGGACCCGCUGCCCGACUACGCCAUGCCCACGGGCGGCGGCGGCGGCGGCGGCGGCGGCGGGGCGGGGGGCGGCGGCGGCGGGGCGCUGGGGCACGGCGGGCUGGGCGGCGCGGCGGGCGGCCACCAGGAGGGGCACCACCCGCACCCGCACCAGGGCCGCCUGGCCUCCUGGUACCUCAACCAGGCGGCGGCGGCGGCAGCGGCGGCGGCGGCGGCGGCGGGGGAGCUGGGCCCGCUGGCGGGCGCGGCGGGCUACGCGGGGCCGCAGCAGGGCUUCGCCGCCGCCCCGCGGGAGGUCUUCGAGGCGCCGCGGCUGGGCCUCAGCGCCUCGCCGGGCGGCAGCGGCGGCGGUGGCGGCGGGGCGGGGGGCGGCGGCGGCGGCGGCGGCGGGGCGGGGGGCGGCGGCAGCUGUCAGAUGGCCUUCCCCGGCAGCCAGCCGCUCUACCGCACCUCCGGGGCCUUCGUCUACGACUGCGGCAAGUUCUGAGCGCGCCCCGCCGCGGGGACACCGCGGGGACACCGCGCAGCACCGCGCCGCCGGCCCCGCCGCGCCCGCGGAGGGGAGCGAGCGCACGCGAAAAGCUUUUGUACAGAGACA